ACCUUGACCUCAUGAUUCUCCAGACAUCACCUCAGGCCAGAGCCACCACUCCAGGUUAGAGAAUACAUUUAAACCCGCUAGGGAAAGGGAAGAGUACAAAACAAAACAAAACUUGCAAAGGCGACUAAAUCCAGACACUCGCCCAACUUCGCUCAACACGCAUGCGUUUCAGCUGGUUUCCGGAAUGGCAACCAAUCAUCUUCCUGCCGCAAAGUCGGCGGCGGGUUCUUCAACCCGACGGGCUGCGGCCAGUCCCGCCCCCCGGGUUCCACUGUGUCACUGGCAGGAGACUGAUGGGCGUCCGAUCCGUGUCGGUUGCACCGCGGUCCUGGCGGCUUCCUCAGCGGAGCCCCGCUGCUGCUGGGGAUCAUGAGCGGACGGCAGAGAACGCUCUUCCAGACGUGGGGCCCGAGCCUUGUGCGAGGCGCCGGCGCUCCGGGCUGCGGCCAGCCGCGCUCGCCCGCGGUGACGGAGGCUCUCCCGGAGGAGGACGACGAGGUGCUGUUGGUGGCAGCGUACGAGGCUGAACAGCAACUGGAUCCCGGGGAUGGCGGCUUCUGCGCGGCUGCGGGCGCCCUGUGGAUCUACCCCACCAAUUGCCCCGUGCGCGACUACCAGCUGGACAUCUCCAGGACCGCGCUGUUCUGCAACACCCUGGUGUGCUUGCCCACCGGUCUGGGGAAGACCUUUAUUGCCGCCGUGGUCAUGUAUAAUUUCUACCGCUGGUUCCCUUCUGGCAAGGUGGUUUUCAUGGCACCCACGAAGCCCCUGGUGACACAGCAGAUGGAAGCCUGCUUCCACGUGAUGGGUAUUCCACAGUCUCACAUGGCUGAAAUGACAGGUUCAACUCAAGCUGUCAACAGGAAGGAGAUAUGGUCUAGCAGGAGGGUUCUUUUUCUUACACCUCAAGUUAUGGUAAAUGACCUGACUAGAGGGGCUGUCCCUGCUGCCCAUGUAAAGUGUCUUGUGGUUGAUGAAGCUCAUAAGGCUCUUGGGAACUACGCUUACUGCCAGGUUGUAAGGGAACUGGUCAAAUACACCAAUCACUUUCGAAUCUUGGCUCUUAGUGCCACACCAGGUAGUGAUAUCAAGGUAAGUACCAUGACUUUUUAUUCAUUAUAUGAAAGGAAAUACAAAUUUUUAUAUAGGGCCAGAUCAGUUUUCCAAUUUAGUAUUCCUGGUAUGGCUUGAGGACGGUGGCAUUUGUAUAACUGCAGAAGUUUUUUUACAGUAGUGGCAUCUGUCCCUCUCUCUUUUUCUCCCCUCUCCCUUCUUUUCUUUCCUGUUUGGAGACUGGUUCUGGUCAUGUUGUCAGGCAGGCCUUCAACUUCUUACUCAAGGG